AUAAACCGCCCAGAGAAAGAAUGUGGAGUGAACACCUCAGGCCCUGUGUGACAAUGGCUUACCGAGGCCGGGUUCCCCUUGUGCUGCUGGCUUGUGGCUCCUUCAACCCCAUUACCAACCAACACAUGCGCCUGUUCGAACUAGCAAGAGACCAUAUGCAUCAAACAGGGCAUUAUGAAGUUAUCGGAGGCAUUGUUUCACCCGUCAGCGACAAAUAUGGCAAGAAAGGCUUGGUGUCGGCCACACAUCGCGUCGCCAUGACGCACCUGGCCCUGCGGACUUCAGACUGGAUCCGAGCGGACUCCUGGGAAAGCGAGCAGCCUCAGUGGAUCACAACAGUCACCACACUGAGGCAACAUUAUAACAGGCUUCUUAACUGGCAUCAGUCACAGGUCAGCUUGAAUGACAUGAGCAAAGUGAAGAAACAUAACAACAAAUUCCCCGCAGUAGACACACCAGAGCUUAAGCUGCUUUGUGGAGCCGAUUUCCUGGAAACCUUCAAGAUCCCCCAUCUCUGGAGAGAAGAUCACCUUGAAGAAAUCGUCAGUAAGUUUGGCUUGGUGUGUGUCAGUCGUGGUGAACGUGACUCCGGGCGAUUCAUCCACGAAUCGGACACCCUCACCAGGUACAAGAACAACAUCUUCCUGGUCAGAGAGUGGAUCCAGAAUGAGAUCAGCUCCACCGAGAUUCGUAGGGCCAUCCAACGAGGGCAAAGUGUUAAGUACCUUCUCCCAGACUCUGUGAUCGAAUACAUUAAAGAGCACAAUUUAUACACGUUGGAGAAUGAGCAGAAAUAUGCUGAUCCUGCAGCCUCUUAUGUGAAUAUUGCAAUAAGGAAAAUCGCCACUUUGCUGAAACCAGAUAAAGACAUAAUUCAGAACGGGGAUCACAUAAUCAUUAAAACAUUGAGCACCUUUAAAAACUACAUAAUGGAUUUUGAAGUAGGGAAACAGUUUGAAGAGGAUUUGAGUGGAGUGGAUGAUCGAAAAUGCAUGACCACCAUCACCUGGGAUGAAGAUAAACUUGUCUGUGUUCAAAAUGGAGAAAAAGAGGGAAGAGGCUGGACCCAUUGGGUAGAAGGAGAUGAACUGCACUUGAUCUAUUGUACAUUUUCUGUGUGUUUGCAAGUCAAAGUUUGCAGUUUGUGCUCAAACCAGUUUACUUCCCAGAAGAUUACAAAAAUGCCAGCAGAUUACAAUGGAAGAUGGGAGAUGGAAAGCAAUGAAAACUUUGAAGAGUAUAUGAAAGCGCUUGAUAUAGAUUUUGCUACCCGCAAAAUUGCCUUGCACCUGAAACAGACAAAAGUGUUUGUUCAGAAUGGGGACAAAUUUGAGACGAAAACCCUGAGCACAUUUCGGAAUUAUGAUGUGAACUACACCAUAGGAGAGGAGUUUGAGGAACACACUAAGGGCCUGGAUAACAGAGUGGUCAAGACUGUGGUGACAUGGGAUGGUGAUAAACUGGUUUGUGUCCAGAAGGGAGAAAAAGCCAACAGAGGCUGGAAACACUGGAUUGAAGGAGACAAACUGCACUUGGAACUGACAUGUGAAGACAAAGUCUGCCAUCAGGUGUUUAAGAAGAAACAAUAACAAUAAAGCUGGAAUUCCUGUUCAUUAUUAUCAUUUUAAGCAUAUUAAAACCGGUUUUUGACAGUAUUGCAAAAA